AUGUCAACAUAUUCUGUCUAUAUAUUUUAUUUCUUUUUCCAUCUAAUAGAGAGUAUUAUGGUCAUACAUUAAAUGGGAUUUUUUGAGAAAACAUUCAAUCAUCAAUUAUUGAAAAUUAUUUCUCAUUCUUUUUGGACCUUAGGAUUGUUAACAUAAUUAGUUUUCUAUUUAAAUAGAUUAAGAACCAAUUUUAGAAGAGAGUCUGAGAUGAAGUAAUAAAUUUAAAAUGGGAUAUCUAAUUAGGAAUUUAUUACUUAAAUCAAAGCCUUGACAAAUGAAAGAUAUCAAUAUGGACUACUGAUUUUAAGAAUCAUAGGUGAUCUAACCUGUGCUAUGUAAAAAGCAUAAAUACCAGAACAAAUAUUAAAUACAAGAUUUAACAGAGGAUUAGUUGCAUUAGGAGGUUUAAUGAGUUCAGCCAUUUAGAUCUAUUUGCAGGCUAAAAGUGAAGAUAAAAAAGAAAAUGUGUGUGAGGUUUGA